CACGAAGCCCGCCCCGCUACCGCCCGCCCCGGAGAUCCUCCGCAGCUCUCUGCCAUUCCGACUCGGAACCACUCUGACGUCCUUCUCACUCGCGUGCUCAUGGCAGAGAGCGGUGAAGGCACAAAGCCAGCCGCCGACCUGGCUGCUGCUGGGCUGCAGUAUGUCCAGUACGAGGGCGCAAAAGAGGAGCAGUAUCUCCCCUCAAUCCGCCAGCUGAUCUCCAAGGACCUUUCCGAGCCCUACAGCAUCUAUGUGUACCGGUACUUUUUGUACCAAUGGGGUGAUCUGUGCUUCAUGGCACUUGACAACGACUCCAACCUGAUCGGCGUCAUAAUAUCCAAACUCGAGCCCCACCGCUCUGGCACGUACCGCGGCUACAUAGCUAUGCUCGCCGUCCAAGAGUCCCACCGUGGGAAGGGCAUCGCCUCGAAACUAGUCAGCAUGGCCAUCGAUGCCAUGGCCGCCCGAGACGCAGACGAGAUAGUCCUGGAGACAGAGAUCACGAACACUGCGAGCUUGAAGCUGUAUGAGCGACUGGGGUUCUUGAGAUCAAAGAAGCUACAUCGGUAUUAUUUAAAUGGCAAUGCGGCGUAUAGGCUCAUACUGUAUCUGAAAGAGGGGACGGCGCUGAAGAGACCGGAGGGCGGACAUGCGCAUGAUAUGGGAAUGGACAUGCCGGAUAUGCAGAGGAUGGACGAAGCCGGUAUGAUUUCGUGA